CAACAAGCAACGAAUGGCGAUUCUGUGUUCUCUGCAGCCACUCUGACCGUCUCGUGAGAGCUCAUAUUAACUGAAAUAUAGUUUAUCUUUCACGGGAAGUCGCAGUCGACUGCGCAUUCUGCUUCAGAUUGUCUCCGUGAGGUGUUUGUGUUUGGUUUCCAUGGAUACGCAGAGCAGGAGACGGGUUGUGGUACGUGCAGACGGUCAGCAGCGGAGCCUGGAGGCAAUGUCGGGGGGCCCCCGGGGGAAUAAAUCUGAAUCCGAGCCCCCGUUGAACGAGAAUGCACAAGAGGACCCUUCGCCCUCUGCGGUUUUACCCCAUUCUACUCCACUCCACCCCACCUUUCCUCCAUCCUUUCGGAGUACCCCAUCCCCCACCUCGCCUCACACGUCUCUCCAUCACCACAGAGAACCGGCACUAGUCCAGUUCCCAGUCCACCAGGAGUCUGGACUGGAGACCUCGUCCAGUCGAUUGGCGAGAGAGGGAGAGAGAAAUCACGAUGGAACUCCAGACAAGAGACAGAGGAAGAGGAAGUGGAGGAGAAAAAGAACACAAAUCCAUCCUGUAACUGACGGUGUGCCUCGUCUGACGGAAGACCAAACUCCUCCCACAACUUUCCUUCCCCCCACAACCCCUAGCUCUCCUCCACAGUCCAGCAAUGGUCGCCAGGUUGUCAGUCUGUCUCCAGCAGCUGUCCUCUCUCCUGACAGACACCUGAGCUGCAGUCUGCCGCCACUGCUGAGCAGUCGGGCUAGGAAGGGAGGGAGGAGGGCCUCAGCCACCACCGACUGGAGCAGUUGUGGACUGACUCAGCUGGAGAGAUGUCUCCCUGUCAGAGAGAUGAGGCUGUUUGUUGGGACGUGGAACAUGCAGCAGAUGAGUACUCUCCCCGAGUGUCUUGAUGAUUUCCUGCUGCCAGCCAGUGUGGAGACUGUCCCUGAGCUGUACGUUGUGGGGACACAGGAGAGCACGGGCCAACUGAAGGAGUGGGAGGUACUGGUCCAGCAGACUCUGGGACCCUCCCACCUCCUCCUCUCCUCCUCCUCCCUCGGAGAACUGACGGUUCUCCUCUUCCUCCGUAGGGACCUCAUCUGGUUCUGCUCUGAGGUGCAGUCUGCAGGAUAUUCCACGAGGCCGGGGAGUGUGGUAAAGACAAAAGGUGGAGUUGGACUCAGUUUCUCGCUGUUUGGCACAACUUUUCUCUUUGUCUCCUCACACCUCACCGCUCACCAGGACAAGGUUGAAGAUAGGAAUAGUGACAUGCAGAGAAUAGCAGCCAAUCUCACCAAUAACAAACUGAGUGAGUUUGACUAUGUGUUCUGGCUGGGAGACCUCAACUAUAGACUGGACCUGGACAGAGGACAGGUGGACACUCACUUAUCACAGUGGCAGCUACAGCAACAACAGAGGAUGGAGGAGAGGGAAGAGGGUCAUCAGGAUGGCUGGCUGCCUCUUCUUCUCCAUGACCAACUGACUAAAGAGAUGCUGCACGAGCAGCCCGUUACCUUCCCUCCAUCCUACAAGUUUGAUCUUAACUCUGACGUCUAUGACACCAAGAGAGUUCCUUCCUGGACAGACCGCAUUCUGUUUCGAUCGCGAGCAGGGUCAGGGGUCAGUGGGUGUGGCUACGACAUGUGUCGGGCACUGAAAUGCUCAGAUCACAGGCCGGUGUAUGCAGAGUUCAGAGUGCGGCUGGAGCCAUGCACUGACACUGACGGGGUACCAGAGACUAUGGCAGAGUUCAACAGAGAUGUCUACAGAAUUGCCCAGCGGAGGAGGAGAGAGGUGGCGGCUCUCUCUCUGUCUCUCAGAGAGGGUGUCGACAGUGGAGGACUACCUCCUGCUGCCAGAACUACUGGUCACGAGGGGGUGUUGGGAGAGCUGGAUCUGGGAGAACUGAACCUCACCAGUCAAGAUGACGACAUCCUCGAGGCCGCAGGCCACAUUCAGGAGAACCUCGAAGACGAACUGGUCCAGGAGGCUCUUCGCAAGGGAGUUGACCUGCGGCAGUACUCGCGAGAGAUUGAGACCGAGUUGAGAAAGGUCGAAGUUCACUCCAUCCAGGACUACAUAGCUCAGAGCAGACAGAUAGCCAGUCUCCACUAUCAGAUCCGAGGAUGUGACGACAUCUUAGCUAGAAUGGAGGAAACUCUCAGCAAAUUUCAAACUGACUUGGGGUCCAUCAGCUCUGAGAUCCAGAACCUCCAGGACCAGUCUCACUCCAUGAACAUCAAACUGAGGAACAGACAAGCUGUGAGGAGUGGACUGAGUCAGUGUGUCUCCGAUAUCACUGUCACUGAACACCUCAUCCAGCAUAUUACAGACACGCCAGCCAGUGAGAGAGAGUUCAUCGAGAACCUCCACGAACUGAACCAAAAGGUCGUCUUCGUCAAGGAACAAGACUUCAACGACUGUCGUGCCGUGGCCGACUUCAACGAGUUUUCCCCUGUCUCCCUCUCUGCCCCUCUAAUUAGGUAUUUCAACGAGUUCCUGAUGGCCCACAAUCGAGACACGGCGCAGCAGGUGAGGUCAGAGUACAUCGACACCAUGGCCAAGAUCUACUUCUCCUACUUCAAAGACUACUACUCCAAACUGAUGAAGAUACAGUUUGAAGAGACGGCUGAGAAGGACGAUCUGAUGGGGGCUGAGGAUUCGCAGAAGAAGAGUUUCUUUUCGUCGAAGGCCACCUUCAAGAACAGGUCGACUGUCUUCUCCCUCGGCAGCAGAGACACUGUCCUCACCACUGAGCUGGAGGACCCCAUCAUUGUCAUCCCUCACGCACAGAAGAUUGAGAGAAAGUACCCCUACGAGGCCCUGUUCCGCAGUGUCCAGUUUGCUCUCAUGGACAACGCCUGUCGAGAGUACCUCUUUGUCGUGGAGUUCUUCGGUCUCACUUCCAGCACAGCUCAGGACUUCUUCGACACCAUUAUGGGGAAAACCCUGGCCUACCUGCUCAAGCACAUAGAGAGUUACGUGGAGAGCUGCUACGAUGCCAUUAGUCUGUUUCUCUGCAUCCACAUUAACUACCGGUUUGAGGCCAUCAUGACACGCCGCGGAGUCCCUUGUCUCAAAGAGUAUUGCAGAGAUAUCCGUGGGACCCUGUGGCCGAGGUUCAGGCACAUUCUGGAACUGAACGUGGCCAGCGUCAGAGACACUGACCCCUCCAAACUGGGACACAUCGACACCAGACCGCAUUACAUCACACGUCGCUAUGCGGAGUUCUCUGGAGCUCUGGUGAGCAUUAAUCAGAGUCACCCCGAAGAGCAGGUGGAGAAGUGCCUGUCGUCCCUGCAGACCGAAGUUGAGAAUGUAAUUCUGAGGAUGGCCGCAGAAUUCCCGCUGCGCAAGGAGCAGCUGCUUUUCCUCAUCAACAACUACGACAUGUUGCUAUCCGUUCUCCAGGAGAGGACUUCCGAAGAUUGCAAGGAAUUGGAGUCUUUCAAGAGCCUUCUCCACGCCAGGACCCAGGAGUUCGUUGAAGAAGUCCUCUCCCCCUAUUUCGGAGGGAUCAUAUCAUUUGUGAAGGACGUCGAGCCCCUGUUGGAGCGAGGUCAGAGAGACAGGGUCCGUGUGGACGAGGCCAAGAUCCAGCUCCUGGUCCGAGGGUUCGCUGGAGAUUGGAAAAAGUCCAUCGAGGCUCUGAACACUGACAUAAUGCAGUCUUUCAGCAACUUCAAGAUAGGAACUCACAUACUACAGGGAUCUCUCUCCCAGCUGAUCCAGUACUACCACAGGUUCCAGAAGGCUCUAUCGCAGCCUCCGUUCAAGAGUCUCGCCAUUAGAGGAGAACUCAUCAACAUUCACCACCUCAUGGUCGAGGUGAAGAGACAUCGCCCCACCUUCUAACUUCUAGAUCACACCACCGUCAUGUGACUUGGACUAGUCAUCACACCAUUGUCAUGUGACUUGUGUUUGUCAUUACACCAUUGUCAUGUGACCGCAAAACACUGUCAUGUGACUAUAUCCACUUAUUAGUUUAAAAUUCUUCUGUCAACAUUUUUAUGUGAAUUAUGUUGAUGAAUUGAAUUCUAGUGAAAAAUAGGGUGGUCUAGUGGUGGUGUGUUCUGCGGGAGCGAGAGUGACAGGAGAAGGGAGGAGAGAUUACUGAGGAGAGGAGGGAGAGAGGGGCCCUGGGGUCCUUGGCAGCGGUCUUCACCAGCAGGCUCAGUUCUCUGGCCACACCCUCUACCAGGUCCCUCCGGAGGGUGUGUGGCUGGUAGAGGAAGACUCCGCCCACACUCUCACUCUCACGUCCCUCCCACAGACAUACCUCGAGAUGUCUGGAGUCGUCCAGUCUGGAACAGAGGGGAGAGAGGUAGCACGCCGAGCCGAGCCGGGCCAGUCCGUGACCUUUCACCCCAACUGCCGUCUCCGGAAAGUAAAAGUGGGCGGGGUCAGAGAGCUGUAGGAUGUCCGAGCGAUGGAGAUAUGAGAACCUCACCGGAAGACCUGCAGGAACUCCUAGCUCAUCGGUGACCGUGGCGAAGGGGAAGUGGUGGUGAUUGUGGACUGAUUGCAGGGUCUUCCCCAGAGCCAGCACCAGGUCCAGGAAGGUCUCCGAGGAGCUGAGGUUGACUCGGAUACCGACAUCAUAAGUAAGAGGCCCAAAGAGUCCCUGUGUGUGUCUGGGGUUUGUCUGUCUCAGAGAGACCUCCAGUCCCACCAGAAAUGACCCCAGAUCCAGUCGACCUCCCAUCCUCGCUCGCCGAGAACUCUGAUGAGGAGAGGAGGAAGGUUCGGGGGGCCGGUACCCUCACUGCAGGUGGACCUCUGCUAGUCUUGUACCGCUGGAGAGGGUCUCUUGCAGCCAGCGACAGAGGAGGUGGCUGGUUCUCUCCCCCUCUCUCUCCUUCCUCUC